UGAUCGUGCGCCUGUUGACGAGGCGGUUCAUCCACGAGUACGACCCGACGCUGGAGAGCGUGUACUCCUUUUCUGCAGACUUGGAGGGCGACCAGGUGGACAUGAACCUCCUGGACACGGCGGGCAAGUCUAGACCCAACGACAGUGAGGCCCAGUGGGGGGACGGUUUUCUGCUCGUCGUCUCGCUGACCUGCCCGGACUCCGUGAGGACCGCAAUAGACCUGCACUCGUGGCUGGAGGCCCAGGCGCCGGGUAAGCCCCUGGUGCUGGUGGCCACCAAGCGGGAUCUGGUACAAGCCAGGGCGGUGUCUUCUCACGAGCUGCUCGAGCUCGGAGACCGGUGGAACUGCGACGUCCACGAGACGUCAGCCACGGGUGACUACGAGGACGUGUACAGGCCGUUCCUGGCCAUCGCCAAGCAGGCCAGAGCGCUGCGAGCGAGGAAGCUCCUCUUUCCGAACCUCACACCCGAGCAGCUUGUCGUUCCUGAGUCUGCCCGGAGGUACUACAAGACGAGACAGCUUACCAAAUGAAGAUUUCUUCUCUGGCCUACUCUACCCAGGUGCCGAGACACCACCUCAACCUUUGCGGGAUGGACCUCCUGUGUGACCUUUUUGGCAACACGUCUUCGUGCAGAAGGAAUAGACCUAUACCACAGACUUUAGUGGUGCUUUCAGGACGUGUUCGUUCUAUGAAGAAACAGCCUCCCAAGACUCGUGCAUGGGCGCUCUCGGAAGUUCCGUUGUCCUGGUGCACUUUUUUGUUUUGUUUCGUCACCCAAGGCAAUGAUAUUCUGCGGGUGGACGCAACUUUUCAAAAACAACGAGAGUUGUUUUAGAGGAGUGUAUCUCUUCUACGGUUACAACUUACACGGAGCCCCUCUCCGUGGGAAGACCAUACUUUGCCCGUGCCUUUUGAAAUCCGAAUGCGGCCUUACAGGCUCCGUUUCAAUAGUGCCAACGCACUUGAGGCCUGAUGCGUAUUGUGUCGUAACUUACGAUGGCAAAGUAAUGAUUAUAAAUCUGUUGAUAAAAUAUGCGCCCAUUAUUCGUAAGCAACAUACGACGUGCAAGUCUGAAACUAGACGCGAUGACAACGUUGACAACGAACACGGUUGUUGCAUACAAAAAGAUUCCAGCAUGCGACCGAACCACCAAGUCCCUUCAUAUGUAUACUGAUAGAUCUGAAAAUACUGCGUAACAGCAUCCUAAAAAACAGUACAAGUUUACAUGACCACAACUAUUACAGUUUCCGGUUUCAAACUACAAGAUGUGUUGUGACCGGGGCUGCUCACUCACCGCUUUGGUGCUGAGCGUAUGCUGAAGACGAGCUUUCUCAACUUGCCAGAAUAUUUACUUGACUUUUAUCAUUGCACGUCAUCAAGACCGUCAUUCUAAUCAUCCUUAGUGGAUGAUAACUGGGAGCUUAUUUUCAGCUUGCGCAGUGAGCAGCCAACUCAGCCAUGGUGUACGUUCCAAUAAAGAGCUUCUGGCCGGUGCCAUCCUCA